UAUAUAAAAAUCAUCACUAUUGUAUCAUCACUAAUUUCUUUAAUUGAUGACUACGAUCAUGAUCAUGAUCUAUAUGCAAAAGUAAAAAUUAUUACGUAUAUCACUUUACUAAUAACUCCACAUUAAUCUUGAAAUAAUUUUAAAUUAUAGUAAUAUUGAAAUUUCCAUCGAUAACCUUUCACGGUACGUUGACUUCAUCAACUAAAUCAAAAUAAUCGUUUGAAAUUGAUUUCUUAGCUUCUAAUAAAUUCUAAUAUCUCUAUUCUUAAACUUGGAAGAAUAGGACAAAAAUAUAUUAAAUGAAAUUUGUCAAAGUAAGUCCUUUCACGUAGCAUAAACUCUAUUCUCUAACGUAUAAUUAAUUAUUAACAAUGCAGGAAGUUUUAAUAGGCCGACGUUACUAUUAUACGUCUCUUUUAACGCUUAUAGCAACCCCUUAGUCACCCGAAAGAGAAUUACUUAUUAUCAUCUAAAGAAAAGAGAAGAUCAAAGAAAAGAUUUAAUAUUGUAAUACACGCGGUAGGAAGAACAUGAAGUCGUCGGAUUUCUAUAGUGAAGGCGAUUACAAAGAGUAUUACAAAAUUUUACAAUUCUUUAUGCGUAUAUGCGGUCUAUGGCCUUAUCAAUCGUUUUUCGCUAAAUAUUUCUUUAUAACAAUGACAAUAUUUUUAAGCGAAGGAAUUCUCGUUGGUCAGUUAUUAGGGGCAAUACAACUUCGAAAUGAUUUAAACGAAGUGAUCGAUUGUAUACCGAAUAUAUUGAUAUCAAUCAACGUUGGAAUAGAAUUCAUAGGACUCAUAUUUAAUUCGGGAAAGUUGAAGAGAUGUAUCGAUAGAAUGGCUGAGGAUUGGCAACAUUUAUCUUCGAAUGUGGAGAUUGAAUUGUUGAAGUCGUUUACCGUUCAAGGACGAAAGUUAGCUUUCGUUUACUUAUUUUACAUGUCGUUUACUGGCUUUAUGUUUUUGCUGCAACCAAUCCUGCUGAGCUUAAGCUCUGAUAAUUCAACGAAUAUACUAUCUACUCUUCCAUAUCGUGUGCAAUAUGGCAUCGAUAUAGAAAAAUAUUACUACGAGAUACUAUUUCAUUGUUACGUUUCCGUAUUUUCCCAUAUGCUCAUUUUAUCUUCCAUAAAUUUAAUAUACACCUCGUUUAUUCAACACGCUUGUGGAUUAUUUUCUGUGAUCGGAUACAAAUUGAAACAUCUUGGCGAAGAAGGACGUUUGGACGUCGAUCUGAACAUUAAAAAGGUCGAUGAUAACAAUUAUAGGAUUGCUUUAGAUUGUCUACGAAAACAUAUCAAAGUUAUAGAAUUUUCCGAGUUCAUAGAUGGAUCAUUCUCGGUUAGUUAUUUAUUCAGCUUAGGAUUGUUCGUGUUAGUUUUAGCCGUUUCUGGUACACAGGUAUUAAUGCAUACCGAUCAAUUAAAUGAAGCUGUGAGAUACGCCAGUCUCUUUAUGGCUAUACUUAUACAAUUAUUCUGGCAAUGCUGGCAAGGUCAGCGCUUAUUGAAUUCUAGUAAUAUACCUUACGAGAGCGCAAAUCAAGGACAAUGGUACUAUACUUCAACUCGUUGCAAGAAAACACUUGCCUUGAUCAUGAUUAGAUCUUCGAAACCAUGCGAGAUAACAGCAAUGAAUUUAAUGACAUUCUCCAUAGAAACGUUCAGUUCGGUAUUACGGACAUCGAUGUCUUACUUCACCGUAUUACAAUCAAUGAAUUGAAUUAUUACAUGCGAACAUAUUACAUCCACAAUAGUAAAUAGUAAGUAGAAUAAUCUUUUUCGAUUGUGAAAGAUAGCAAAUUAUAUAAUUAAUAAACAAAUAAAAUGACUGUGAUAAAAUAUA